AUGUUCCGUGAACUUGCAUUUAUUACUGCGUCGGCAUCUCUGGCCCUUGCUGCCACCAUCCCCGUGAUCCCCCGGGGCACAGGUGCAGGCGUUACUCCUCACGACCAGUACUCGUCCUCAGUCGGCGUUAUCGGCUGCAAGAUCAACACCAACCGUGUGGCGUAUUGGCCGAGCGCAGUCGACUGCAACGACAUCUGCGUCAAGGUCACCUACAAGGGCCGCUCCCUCAACAUCCUCAAGAUUGACACCUCUGGCGGCGCGUACGACAUCUCGUACGACGCUUGGAAUUACCUCGGCUUCGGUAAAUCUGCGAAGGACGACCCGCAAACUGGAGGAGCAAUUCAUAUGACGUACAAGGUCGUUGACCCUAGCGAGUGCGCCGAUCUCAUGGACAACGGCAAGCUGCCCCUCUCGGCAGCCAACAGCAUGGGCUUUGUUUCCUCGUGUCUUAGCCAGCCCGACAGCUUUGUCGCCCAAAACCACGUGCUCUACAACAUCGCUGACCCUGUCUGCCACUAUGGCGUCGACGAGGUGUGCACCCUCGACCUCUCUGUCAGCAACCAGCCUCGUGUCCCAGCGGUCUCGGCAGCAACGCUCGACUCGACAAGCCGGUGUAUAACAUCCAGUACGGAACCGGCAAGGAGGUGGUCGCUUAACAGCCCUCUCCACUGUCUUGCGGAAAGCUGUAUACCCCUGUCUCAGUGUACAUAG